AUGACUAAGCUGGCGGCCCUGGAGCAGAAGGUGGCUGUCCACGAACAAAAGUUUUUGGCAGCUGAGCAGAAGAAAAACAAUCAUCAGAAGCAUUUUGAUAACAUAGGAAACAAACAAUAUUUUAUUGACAAUCAAAAUAAGAUGAAUUGGUUUGCUGCCAAACAUAGAUGUCAAGAGCUUGCCGCUCAUUUAGUUAGCAUUCAGAACGAAGCUGAGUACAAAGCAGUUACAGCCUUGAUCGACAAGGGUCGAGAAUACUGGAUUGACAUAAAUGAUCUCGUUCAAGAAGGACUUUUCCUAUCGGACUCCACGGGCCGUAAAGCUGGCUACCUCAAUUGGAGCUACGCCCAACCCGACAAUUGGAAUAAUGUUGAGCAUUGCGUUCACUUAAAGAAUGACAAUUUUCAGAUGAAUGAUGCAGAUUGUAAAAAUGAGCUAUAUAUUAUAUGCGAAGUUUGA